AGAUUUGUUGGAGUUAGAUUGUCACAAAAUAACUUGAUUUGAGCUUGUUUAGUUCAAUAACGAACUGAAAGAGAAAAGUUGAGUGAGGGAAAAAGGCAAGAGGUUUCAAUCAUGUCAAGCGGUGAUGACAGAAAACACCAAGUGGAUGAUUCCUUCAUGCAACAACAAUUUCAGAGGCUAGACAUCAUGUUUGGUGAAAUUAAAGACAAAAUGGAGAAGCAAGAUGCAGCCAUUGCCAAGUUAUACCAAAUACAGAAUGGAAGUCCAAAUUUGCAUAAUCACGAUCCUGAUGACAAUGAUGAAGAUGCAUUCAACGAUGAUGCCCAGAACUCAAAUUUCAGCAUGGACAGAUUUAUGAGAGGUAGAGGGGGUCAAAGAUAUAGACUUAACAAAGGAGACCAAAAUCUGGCAAGACAACAGGUCAAGGUUUUUACCUUUGGUUCUUGUUGCGACAUAAACAACGGGUCAAGGUCUUAUUAUAAACCUGAUUUAGCUUUCCUGAGUUUAAAAAUCCCUUGUCGUGCUGUGGGUCUCAUUUUUCUCUUUGGGGUUCCCAUCAUCUUGGUAUCAGAGCAUCAGAUCUCUAAAUCAGGUUUGCGCAUCUUCUUAGCUCUAGCUCUCGUGACUGGACCUCUUGGAAUAUAGAUUGAGGUUGAAGACGAAACUGUUAGUGAGUCAUUGGAGUUACAAUCGGAGGCUGCACUCUUCGGCAAGUAUGAGAUCAGGAAGUUGCUUGGCCGUGGCUCGUUUGCGAAGAUCGCCAUCAUGGUCAGCUAUGUCAUCCGCACAUCCUCAAGCUCUUCGAGGUGCUUGCCACCAAGACCAAGAUUUUCUUUGGGUUAAACCCCUAUUUUGGUCCCUGAACUAUUGUACGGACCCCGAUUUGGUCCCUGAACUAAAAAAAUCCUUAAUUU